CCAGGUACUUGUCUUUUGGAAAGACAGCAGCUUUCAAGUGUAAAAAGUCAAGAUGCAGCCAACUUUCAUAGUUGCCUUAUUUUUAUUGAGCUGGACAUAUUGUUCAGCUUUCCCCCUACCUUAUGAUGAUGAUGAUGAUGAUGAUGAUGAUGAUCUGUCAGAAGAGAACCUUCAGUUUGCAGAGAAUUAUUUGAAGACAUACUACAACCUUUAUUCUAACCCUGCUGGCAUACUUAUGAAAAAGGCAUCUGGCACUAUAGCAGAACAACUAAGAGAAAUGCAGUCAUUCUUUGGCUUGAAAGUGACUGGCAAACUGGAUGAUGACACUUUAGAUGUGAUGAAAAAGCCUAGAUGUGGGGUCCCUGAUGUGGGAGAAUAUAACUUUUUUCCUCGAACUCUCAAGUGGCCCAGGUUUAAUUUAACCUACAGGAUCCUGAAUUACACCCCAGACAUGACCCAAGCAGAAGUAGACAAGGCAAUAAGGAAAGCACUGAAGGUCUGGUCUGAUGUGACACCUCUCAACUUUACCAGGCUUCACAAUGGCACUGCUGAUAUCAUGAUCUCCUUUGGAAUAAAAGAACAUGGAGACUUCUACCCCUUUGAUGGACCUUCUGGACUUCUGGCUCAUGCAUUUCCUCCUGGACCCAACUAUGGAGGGGAUGCUCAUUUUGAUGAUGAUGAGAUUUGGACAAAUAGUGCCAAAGGAUAUAACUUGUUUCUUGUUGCUGCCCAUGAAUUUGGCCACUCCUUAGGCUUGGACCACUCCAAGGAUCCCGGAGCACUUAUGUUUCCUAUCUACACCUAUACUGGUAAAAGUGGCUUCAUGCUUCCUGAUGAUGAUGUCCAAGGGAUCCAAGCUCUUUAUGGUCCUGGAGAUAAAGAUCCUGACCCUAAACAUCCCAAAACCCCAGAUAAAUGUGAUCCUGCCUUGUCCCUGGAUGCUGUCACUAGCCUUCGAGGAGAAACAAUAAUCUUUAAAGACAGGUUCUUCUGGCGUCUGCAUCCACAGAUGGUUGAACCAGAGCUCUUUUUAACUAAAUCAUUUUGGCCUGAACUUCCAAAUAGUGUUGAUGCUGCAUAUGAGAACCCUGCUCAUGACUUAAUAUUCAUCUUUAGAGGCAGAAAAGUUUGGGCCCUGAAUGGCUAUGAGAUACUGAAGGAUUACCCAAAGAAAAUCUCUGAACUAGGGUUCCCAAAAGAGGUAAAGAGGAUAGAUGCUGCAGUUCACAUUGAAGCUACACAAAGGACCCUCUUCUUCACUGGAGAUCAAUUCUGGAGUUAUGAUGAAACUAACCAUACAAUGAACAAAGGCUAUCCCAGAUUACUCGAGGAAGAAUUCCCAGGAAUUGGAAAUAGAAUAGAUGCUGUAUAUGAAAAAAAUGGUUAUAUAUACUUCUUUAGUGGCGUCUUGCAAUUUGAGUACAGCAUCUGGAGUCAACGCAUUGUUCGAGUUAUGCCAACCAAUUCCCUCUUGUGGUGUUGAAUGUGGCUGUGUUAUUUUAUAUAAUUCAACUUUUCACACAUGAGGAAAUGUGACCACAGGUUUUGGGGCCCACCCAGGAAAAAGCCUCUUUCUGUCAACAAGUUCCCAAUGAACUUUAUUAUUGAAAAUGCACUGUGUACAGAGGGAAGUGGGAAAAUUUUCUGUCAGGCUGGAACUGCAUUGUAGUUACUUAAACCAAUGUAAUUCUGUAUCUCUGUGGUCUACCAUAUGUGUAAAGUAUGACAAACAAGCCCUGUGGAGAAAGGUUAACCCUGACAGAUGGAAUGACUGGAAUAAAUAUAUCCUAGUCAACUUCUCAAAGACCUGAAGAAACAAUUUAGUGUUUUACCAAGAACAAUCACAUAUUUAAGCCUGCCUCCCAAAAGUUACUAGCCAGGGAAACUUAAACGAUCAUCAAAGAAAUGCAAUGAGGAAGUCUAAUGUUUAUUAGGACAGUAUAAUGCGAAGUCAAGUCCUGGCUUCUGUUUCAGUUCAGUCAUGAAGUUGGUCCUGAGGGUAAAUUUCAGUAAGGCAAAUACUGUGUUUUGGAAGAAAAGGGCCAAUGAUCUAUCUGUUAUUGUUAUUGUUUUUUUAUUCCUAAGAAGCUCUUUAUUUUAUUUUAAAUGUUCUAUCAAUGCUUUUUUAUAUCAUAAUUAUUUCCCAGUAAUGUUCCCUGAGAAAUCCCUCCCUUACGACAAGGAGUUAAGCAAAACCAAACAAAAUAGUGAUUGCAUCUGACAUUUUAUGCAAUAUUCCAUAUCCAGAGUUCCCCACCUCUCUACUGAGAGGAGGAAAGUAUAUUUUAUCAUUGGUUCUCUGGAAGCAAGGUGGGCCAUUGCAUUUAAUCUGUGUUCACUUAGAUCUUUUUAGAUCUACAAGAUGAAGUUGAGAUUUGAUGGUCACUAUCUGGAUAAUAUAAGUAAAACAAAAGGAAAGGAAAGAAAUCACUGCUUUCCAUUAUCUGAGUAUCUAAAGCAAAAAUAAUUGUGCUUUUGUAUUCUUUAAACAGAUAAUUCCCCACCCCCCUUGUCCUCUGCAUAAGGAUUGUGUGGGCACAGUUCUUGUCUAGACCACUUGCUUUGUGAUAAAAGUUGCUUUAUAAAUUGAAAAUGACAACCAGUGAUAUACAAUGCAAUUAUAAAAUUAUAGCAAUCCUGAAUGGUUCACGAAGCUAGAACAUCAUGUGGUUUUUAAAAAGGGUAAAGAACAAGAAAGUGGAAUCAUAUUUUUUUGAAAUACACUUGCACAAGUUCAUAAUAAAAUUGAUUUAACCCUAAA